CUUUAAAGCAGAAAUUCUCACGCCCACUUUCUCCUCGGAUUUCAAGCACCUCAACAAAGCCCGCCGCCCACCUUUCCGUCGACGACAGCAUUCAUUCGAAAUGGCGCCCCAGGCCUCUUCCACUACUGUCCCGACUCAGGACCAGAUUCUCGUCCCCGAGACUCUCCUGAAGAAGCGGAAGAGCCAGGAGAAGGCUCGCGCUGAGAAGUCGGCCGAGAUCCAGAAGAAGAAGCAGGCCAACAAGGAGAAGCGCACUGUCAUUUUCAAGCGCGCCGAGAAGUAUGUGAAGGAGUACCGCGAUACCGAGCGUGAGAAGAUCAGGCUCGCCCGUGUUGCCAAGCAGGAGGGCUCGUUCUACAUUCCUCCCGAGGCCAAGCUCAUCUUCCUCAUCCGUAUCAAGGGUAUCAACAAGAUUGCCCCCAAGCCCCGCAAGAUCCUGCAGCUCCUCCGUCUGCUCCAGAUCAACAACGGUGUCUUCGUCCGCAUCACCAAGGCCACGGCCGAGAUGAUCAAGGUCGUCGAGCCGUGGGUUGCCUACGGUUACCCCAACCUGAAGAGCGUCAAGGAGCUGGUCUACAAGCGUGGCUACGGCAAGGUCAACAAGCAGCGCAUUGCCCUGACCGACAACUCCAUCAUCGAGGAGAACCUUGGCAAGUACGGCAUUGUGUGCAUGGAGGAUCUCAUCCACGAGAUCUACACCGUCGGCCCCAACUUCAAGCAGGCCUCCAACUUCCUCUGGCCCUUCAAGCUCAGCAACCCCAACGGUGGCUUCCGGGAGAGGAAAUUCAAGCACUUCAUCGAGGGUGGUGACCUGGGUAACCGGGAGGACAACAUCAACGCCUUGAUCAGACAGAUGAACUAAGUCGGGAAAAAAAGGGGAAACGGAAUGGGUUGUUUGUCGUCUCGGUCAUUGCGGUUGCAUGGAUGCUCGGCGUUCUAUGAAAAAGCUAGGGUGGCUUUGAAGGGAAUGAAUUGAAACGGAUCUUCUUCUUCACCUGCCUAUUGUCAAAUGUGACCUAGUCUGUUACAGCAAAUUUGCGACACAUACAUACCAUCGCGACACUAGAAUCAACGCCAGGUCCAUGCAUUAUGAUGUUUCUAUCCUGUCUUCUAAUAACCUCGAGGCCCUCUUCUGCUUCUACAGUUGUCCCAGUAUAUAAUAAUAGCCUCUCAUAAAC